UUAAAAUGGGGCUUGAAAAUUUGGCUGAGUUUUUGGAGAAAUAAAACUUUUAACCAAGCAUUUGAAAGGAAAGAUAGAGGGUUUUAAAUAGGUUAUAAGACCAGUAGGGUUAAAAUUGAACACCCAGGAUUUUGGAUAGGUAUUAAAGCUGAUGUUUAAGUUGAAUUUUGGUUUGGAGAAAUUUUAUGGAAAAAGAAGUGUCUUUGAUAAUAGAAUGUUAUAUUAGGGAGAAAGUGUGGGCUGAUUUUGAGAACUAUAGGAGGUGCUAAUUUCUAAUCAAAUUUUAUUAUACUCCUUAUUUUUAAUAGUAUUAAUAAACCUCUACCAUAAUUAAUUGAAGAAUAUGAGCGUAUAAAAUACUGCAGCAACUCUGAGCACUCCAAUAAACUAUUAAUUUUCUAAAACUCAUUGUUCUUAUUUCUCAUUUCAUCUCUAAAGAAUUUUUCAUUAAGUCUUUUACUUUUACCAACCAUCCAAAUUAAGCCAGAAAAGUAAGGAAGUUUCUUUUCAAAAGAGUGACUAGGAUAGACCAUUCAUAAACAUAAUUGCUUCAACUUGCCGUUCCGAGAAGGUUACUUGUGACUAAACAAUGAAGGAAAUCGGAUCCUUAUCUCCAAUUUUUAUUUUAUGCACAUUCAAAAGGAAACUUAAUGGCUUUGGGCUAAUAAAAUUAUGAUGCUCCCACUCUUGAAGGUGAGAUACAGAACUCCCCCAGGUCUCUCAGUGUAUGAAGCUUAAUGUAGUUGCCUGUCUCAAAGAUCAGGAAGAGAUAUUUCCAAACUCUUUCUCUAACAUGAAGGAAUAGAAUUGGAC